AUGGACAAUAUUACACUAAAGGAGAGAUACUAUAAAAUCCGCAAGGAAACACAACGAACUCUAAGACAAGAGAAGAGAAAACACUACAACAACAUGGUAAGAGAAGCGGAGGAUGAUUUCAAGCAUCACAGAGCAAGGCAGAUGUACCAGAAUAUAAAAAAGUCCUUGGGAAAAUUCACUAAAAGGGAACAGUUUAUAAAGGACCAUAAUGGGAAAAUACUUACAAACAAGAAUGACAUACAAGAAACAUGGAAGACAUACUUUACACAGCUGCUCAACUGCAAUGAUCCACAAUAUUACUUUACAUUUGAAGAACCAGAUACAGUUGAUAUACAAGUCACCACACCAUCAGUAAAUGAAAUAAGACAAACAAUAAAGAAAUUAAAGAACAACAAGGCCUGUGGGGAAGACCAGGUAUAUGCUGAGCUGUUAAAAAAUGGAGGACCACAAUUGGAAAUAGAACUACAUUCCUUAACUGAAACAAUUUGGGAGACAGAAAACUAA